UGCCGCGGCCCCUUUAAGGCCGGAGCCGCCCGGGGCCGCGCCGAGCGGGGCUGGGCCCCGCCAUGGUGGUGCUGAAAGGCCGCGAGGCCGGGGCCGGGGAGGCGGCGGAGCAGUUCCUACGGAUCGAGGACUGCCUGCCCCCGCUGGAGAGCUUGCCCGCCAAGAGGUUCUCCCCCUCCAAGCGCAAGCAGCACUACAUCAACCAGGCCAUCCGCAACUCCGACCUCAUCCCCAAGGCCAAGGGGCGCAAGAGCCUCCAGCGUCUGGAGAACACCCGGUACCUGAUGACCCUUCUGGAGCGAGACGAGUGUGGCACUGACGAGGGGGACCUGGCUUACCCGGCCGCCCCCAGCAUCUUCACCGAGGCCUGCAACAACGAGACCUACAUGGAGAUCUGGAACGACUUCAUGAACCGGUCGGGCGAGGAGCAGGAGAGGGUCCUGCUCUACCUGGAGGGAGAGGCCAAGAAGAAGCACAAGAGGAAGCUGCCAGUUAAAGCGGAGGACGAGUGGAAAGAGCACCCCGCCUACACGCCCCAGGAGUGCUUCCAGCGCAUCAGCCGCCGGCUCCGCUCCACGCUGAAGCGAGGCAGGAUCCCGCUGGGGACCCUGGAGGGCCUGGAGGAGGAGCUCCUGGGUUUUUUCUCUGUCACCCCCCAGUCCGUGUACACCGCGAUGAUGGACAACAGCUUUGAGCGGCUGCUGCUCCACGCGCUCUGCCAGUACAUGGACCUCGUCUCUGCCAGUUCCAACUUCGAGGGGAAACGCCAAAUGAAAGUGAGCAACAAGCACCGCGUCUUCCUGCCCCCAGAGCUCCUGCUCUCGGCCUACCUGGAGCAGAUGAGCUGAUACACCGCGGGCCCCCUGCCCCUCCUGCUCUGCGCGCCGACGGCUGCUCCGACCCCGCUGCCUGCCCCCCUUGUGCGGUGGCCUAGCCAGUGGGUGGCUUUGCGUGGGGCGGGGUUCAAUCUGCAACGUGUGCCCUGCUUCAAGGCAUGAAAUCUUUUCCCUUCCCCAUCCCUGGAGCUCUGCAGGGAUCUCCCAAAACUCCUGUCUCUCCCCCGGGAGGCACAAACUUCCCCCAGGGUCUCUAGCUGGCUCUUUCCUCCCUUCCAGGCCAGAGUCUGUCCCUUCUUGGUCUGUAUUAAGGAAGGCACCAGCUCCUUUCUUUGCAAAAGCCCUGACAUCUCUGUCCCCGUGGUGGGGCCACCUCCCAGCUGUGUGCAGGUACCAGCCCCUGUGGGCUGCAGCCUCUCCUGAUGUCCAGGCUGGGGGGAGCAGGGAGAGGUGCUGUCUUAUGGGUCAAUCUCAUUCAUGCCAGUGCUUCAUUUCUGGGGCUCGUUUGGGCUGUUAAAAGCCCCUUGGAGGCUGCAGCAGCCUCCCUCUGGCUUAGCCCUCCCCACAAGCUGACCUAAAUGCUUUAGGUAUUUAAAGUGAUCUCCAUAGGAUACAAAAGUCCUGGGCUCUUCUCUGCAUGGGAGAGGCCGGGUCUCUGUCCCAUAGUGGAGAUGAGCCUCAAAGGCCGGAUGAUUCGACCUUUGGAUCAUCACCCUUGUGAUCACAGGGGGACGCCAGGGCCUUGACCUGCUGCGCAGACAUCGCUGCGCGCAUACAGUCGGUCCCUGCACCUGCUGCGGCUGCUCCCCAUCGUCCCGGCUAGGUGGAAGCAUGUCUAUGUAUAACCCAGCUGGCUCUAAAAAUAGGCGCAGCGAUUCCAGACCCCUGCUCGUGCCAGGGGAGCUGCUGCUGGGGGGAAUCUGCCCCGGUAACUCUUAAUGCCCAUCACGCAGCUCCUCUUGCCUCUCCGCCCCGCAGACCUCUGCAGCUGGGCAGCUCGGGGCCCAAAGCCUAAGCCCAUGCUUGGAGCUUUAAACCUGGGCUUAAGUGCUGGGCUGCAGCUGAGGGGUAGUCCUCCUCCUCCAAGGAUUUCUCUCCUACAUUUACAUUUUGCAAAUACUGGGGGGAUGUCCCUGCAUCCGUGAUGCUGUCUGGGACAGGGGCAGCUUUGAGAGCCUGUGAUUUUUAUUUUUUUGUGCCUCUCUUUUCCCUCUCCCAGGGCAAGCACUUCUGAAGCCAGAACAGCCCUGGGAACCAUCUCUGCCGGGUGGGCGCCCUGUAGGACGCCCGUGCCCUGGCACUUGCCUCCCCAUGCCCAUCCAGAGCCAAACACUUGCCUCUUAAGGGGUCUGGGUCUUGCCGUAGCCAAACGGCCCCGAGCACUGUCUUCAUCCAGCUAAAGGCUCCUCUCUGGGGUUAGGUCCCAGGGGAAGGGGGUCUGUUUUAGCUCUCGUGGCAGCUCUGGGGGGACGGGCUGGGUGUUGGCACCAGCCCUGUCCUGUAGCUUCUCCCUGCAGCCUGGCACCGAAGCUGGGCUGCAGCAGCUGAAGCUUCAACACAGAGAGCAGCGAGAUCUAAUGCCAAGGCCUGGCGUUCUCCACAGGGCAGGGCUCCCAUCCUUUUUAAAUGUAAUAUAGUGUGUCCUUUUUUUAUACGUAUUUGUGUGUGUGUGAUUUAACUCAGGUCCCCGGCUGCCCCGCUGCUCCCAAGGUGGCUGGAGCUUGAUGUUGAAGCUUUGCCACCUUGGACAGCUAGGAGCGCCAGGGCAGGGGGGAGUGUUUUGUGCCGUGGCGCUGUGUGAAAUGGGCUUGGUUUCCAGUGCCGUAGAGCCACAGACUGUGCCGCCUGUGGUUUUUAACACAUACGCUCUGUGGGGUUUUUCUGUGUGUGUCUGUAUCUGCCAUGUAUCAAGGGCUUCUCUUCCGUGUAUAUAGCAGCUGGUUUGAAAGGGACUCGCUGGGUUCGGGGUGCUGCUGCCUUGCACUUGUGUGUGUCACUGUUCACAGCUGUACAAAAGCCUCGUGCAUGCCUGGGCCGGGGGGAGCCGGGAUGGGUCGAGGAGGGGGUUCGUGGUGCUUCUCAGCCUGGGUGACGGAUGGGGUUUGCUGCUGCUCUUCUGCGCUCUGCCUUUGCUAGGCUUGCUCCUGAUUCACCUUGUUGUGAGUGGGAUGGGGGAGAGCAGUGUCACACUUCACCACCACGGCAUCGAGGGCUGGGGGCAAGGAGGAGCUGGGCUCUUUUAUAGCAUCUUCUGCUCUGAUCUAAUCCUCCUGAAGGCCCAGCUCCCCCAUGGGUCCCCAUCACUAGUGCCUCCUCCUUCCACCUCUGCCCUCUUGGCAAACCAAAGUGAUCUUCGUGGCCCCACCAGCGUCCUGUGCAGCCGAGCGCACGCUGGGGCCUGCAGCCUGUGGCCGGUGGUUGUGUCGUUGCUUCGGGAGCGUGUUGUAAAGAUUUCCUUCCUCUUCUUAAAUGUGUUCGAUGUCCCAACUCCAGCCCCAGCUCUUGCCUCUGCUCCUUGUGAUGGUUGCUGUGGGGGCCGGUCUCGGGAAGGCGAGGACAUGUACGGAGCCGGAAGGUGUCUGCACGAGAACAAUAAACUAUGGUGCUCCGG